AUGUCAGGCUCCAAUAUUACAUCAACUCAUCCAGCUGUCUUCUUGUUGGUAGGAAUUCCUGGUUUGGAGCACCUUCACGUCUGGAUCUCCAUCCCCUUCUGUUUUGCUUAUACUCUGGCACUGUUAGGCAACUGCACCCUCCUUUUUAUCAUCCGUGCUGAUACAGCCCUCCAUGAGCCCAUGUAUCUCUUUCUGGCCAUGUUGGCAGCCAUUGACUUGGUUCUCUCUUCUACAACAUUGCCCAAAAUGCUUGCCAUUUUCUGGAUCAGAGAUCGAGAGAUAAACUUCUAUGCCUGUCUAGUUCAAAUGUUCUUCCUCCACUCCUUCUCCAUCAUGGAGUCAGCAGUGUUGCUGGCCAUGGCCUUUGACCGAUAUGUGGCCAUCUGCAAGCCACUGCACUACACCACAGUCUUGACAGGACCUCUUAUCACCAAAAUUGGCAUGGCUGCUGUGGCCCGGGCAGUGACAUUAAUGACUCCGCUUCCCUUUCUGCUCAGACGCUUCCACUACUGCCGAGGCCCAGUGAUUGCUCACUGCUACUGUGAACACAUGGCGGUGGUAAGGCUGGCGUGUGGGGACACACGCUUCAACAACAUUUAUGGAAUUGCUGUGGCUAUGUUUAUUGUGGUGUUGGAUCUUCUCUUUGUGAUCCUGUCUUAUAUCUUUAUCCUUCGGGCAGUUCUUCAGCUUGCCUCUCAGGAAGCUCGGUACAAGGCAUUUGGGACAUGCGUGUCUCACAUAGGUGCCAUCCUGUCUACUUACACUCCUGUGGUCAUCUCCUCAGUCAUGCACCGGGUAGCCCGCCGGGCUGCUCCUCAUGUUCACAUACUCCUUGCUAUAUUCUAUCUUCUUUUCCCACCAAUGAUCAAUCCCAUUAUCUAUGGUGUCAAGACCAAGCAAAUUCGUGAUCAUGUGAUCAAUCUAUUCCAGAGAAAAGAUUUAUAG